AUGAAUAGUAUUGGACCUAAUUGUAAUGAAUUUAAAAAAAAUUAUGAUGCAUGUUUUCAAAAUUGGUUUAAAAAUCAUUUUUUAAAAGGAGAAACUGAUGAUUCCAUGUGCAGGGAACAAUUUCAACAAUACAAUGAAUGCGUUAGAAAAGCAAUGAAGGAUCAACAAAUCGAUUUAAAACAAUUGGAACAAGAAGUACUUAAUACAUCUGAAGAACAAAAAGUGCCUCAAAAUUAA